AUGAACAAGGGUGUCGUGCGGUUCCAUGAUGUACACGAGGUCCCUUAUGGGGUUUUCAGUCCGCUAUCGCCGCAUCCAAUAGUUGUGAGACACAAGCAGUACCCGUCGCUGCAUCAUUACUUUCUCAGCGAACGUUUCUCUGACUCCCCUCUCGCGCCGGCUAUCCAGUCAGCGACAUCAGUGUGGGAACUGGAUCGCCUUGUGAGAGAGGCUGAGAAGAAUGCCUUUCAGCGUGAAGAUUGGAACAGAGUAAAAGUAGAUGUCAUGCUUCUUGGAAACUACAUGAAAUUCAAGCAGAAUGAUGCCGCACGAAAUCUGCUAUUAGAAACUGGUGACAGACUUAUUGUCGAUCAUACGGCGACAGAUGACUUCUGGGGGGAUCGAGGGGACGGGACGGGCAAGAAUAUUCUCGGCAUUAUUCUGAUGGCGGUGCGGGAACGUUUACAGCGUGAGACCACCAAGUCGCGGAAAAAAUGA